UUCUUUCACCUCAGCUCCUCCAUUAUUCAUCAUAUUAAAAUCUCCAUUAAAACUCUCUCUUCUCUGCAGCUAGCUAGCUAGCUCUUCGCCUCUUCUUAAUUCCACCCAUGAUGACGUCCAGCAGUACGGAUGAGAGAAGAGAGUACGGCGAAGGGUCGUCGUCGAGAUUAGCCGCCACGAUGGCAACUCCUCCUCCUCCUCAGCCGCUGCAGCAAGUGGCCGGCGGCGGCGUUCAUCAUCAUCAGCUGAGCCGGUACGAGUCGCAGAAGCGGCGCGACUGGAACACGUUCGGGCAGUACCUGAAGAAUCAACGGCCUGCGGUGGCGCUGUCGCAGUGCCACUACUCCCACGUCCUGAAUUUCCUUAAAUACCUCGACCAGUUCGGGAAGACUAAGGUCCAUUCCCACGCUUGCUUGUUCUUCGGCCAACCCGACCCCGCCGGCCCCUGCACCUGCCCUCUCCGCCAAGCCUGGGGAAGCCUCGAUGCCCUUAUCGGCCGCCUCCGUGCCGCCUACGAGGAGAACGGCGGCUUGCCGGAGACCAACCCCUUCGCCAUCGCCUCCAUUCGCGUUUAUCUCAGGGAUGUCAGAGAUUCUCAGGCUAAGGCAAGAGGAAUCCCAUACAAGAAGAAGAAGAAGAAUAAGAUAAUAAACACAAAAAAAUUUAUUAAUAAUACUAAUAAUGUUCUCAAGGCUAAUGAUGAAGAACCUACUGCUACCCCUAGCUUUCAGAUGCAAUCGGCUUCUUGAAUAUUUGCAAGGAGAAAAUGCUGUGUCCAGAUUAUGGUUCAUUCUGAAGAUUCAUCAGAUAACUCCAAGAAUCAACUGUGUUGGUCCACUAUAUUGAAA